AAUAUCUCCGCUCUCACAACUCACAGAGCUUGCCGCAGCUCGUCCUGCAUCACCAGUCGCACAACAGUCUUGACUCCAAGUACAGUCCAGUACCGUUGUACGGCCAGGACAGGAUAUUCCUGUGAAGAUUUCAGUUCAGUGCAAGAAAGAUGGGCAAGCAAAAGAUUGUGCUCAAGUUGCCCCUGGAUGACGAGAGGAAGAAGAGGAAGGCCUUCAAGGCUGCCGUUGGCAUGAAUGGUGUGACAUCCGCCACGAUGGAGGGCGACAAGAUCAUCGUGGUCGGCGACGGCGUGGACCCGAUCACGCUGACGACGAUGCUCCGGCGCAGCCUCGGCUACGCGGAGCUGCUCAGCGUCAGCUCCGGCGAUGACAAGAAGAAGGGAGACGGGUACGGCUACGGCUACGGCUACGGCGGCGGCGGCAUGGGCUACGGCGGCGGCUUCGGUGGUGGCAAGGAGGGGAAGGAAGGAAAGGAGGGCAAGGAGAGCGGCGGCGGCGGCAAGGGCAGCGGCGGUGGCGGUGGCUAUGGCCAGUACCAGGCGGUGGCGCCGGUCUCGUACCCUGCCUACCAGCAGUACAACGCGAUGCCGUCCUACCCCGUCUACUCCUACCCUGCCUACCCGCAGCAAGAACAGGAUCCUGGAUGCAGUAUAAUGUAAAUCUAAGAGCCUCUUGUGCUCUGUCCAAGUUAAUCUGCAAAGUCGAAGGUGGCAAAAACUUGGAGAUGCACUCGUUGCCAAGAUGCUGCAUAAAGGCUUCAACUGAGCAAGGCUGGAUGUGAUGCUAGCUUUGAGCAACUGAGCAUCAUCAGUGAGUAUGUACAGGGUUGUUGGUCAGCAAAAGAAGGUGGGUGCAGAGUUGAGAGUGAUGGAGUUCAUGGAAGGGAAGGCGGGGCUGUUAUUACGGAAGCUUGGUACAAGAUGGUGAUGAUUCUAGUGCAAACUGACUAGCAGCAGGAGUUUUUCUUUUGGUUUCUUUGUUGGUGGGGGAAAGAAGAUGUAGUGUUUGUUGGAGAAAGGAGGCAAUAAAAGAAAAUCUGUACAAUAAUAUCUUGUGCCUAUGUUUGCAAAAUAAUUGAGUAUGUAACUCAUCUGGCUUUGCUCGUCA